CCUCCUCGGCGGAAGUGACGGCAAGCGGGAGUUCCUGAGGGGCUCCCCCCACCACGGUCAAUCGCUGCUAGUCCACAGAGCUCCAACCUUUUCCCGCCCGAGGAGCUGCCGCCGCCUGGGCCUCCCUCUGCCCUUUCCCCCCGUCUCCCCAUUCCCUUCCUCCCCGGGAUGAACAUGGCGUCCGCCCUGGAGCAGUUCGUGAACAGCGUCCGGCAGCUCUCCGCUCAAGGGCAAAUGACUCAACUUUGUGAAUUGAUAAACAAAAGUGGAGAACUUCUAGCAAAAAAUUUAUCCCAUCUUGAUACAGUGCUUGGUGCUUUGGAUGUACAAGAGCAUUCCUUGGGGGUCCUUGCAGUUCUGUUUGUGAAGUUUUCUAUGCCCAGUGUACCUGACUUCGAAACAUUAUUCUCACAGGUUCAGCUUUUUAUCAGCACUUGUAAUGGGGAACAUAUUAGAUAUGCAACAGACACUUUUGCUGGUCUUUGCCACCAGUUAACAAAUGCUCUCGUGGAAAGAAAACAGCCCCUGCGAGGAAUUGGUAUCCUCAGACAAGCCAUAGACAAGAUGCAGAUGAAUACGAACCAGCUGACCUCAAUACAUGCAGAUCUCUGCCAGCUUUGUUUGUUGGCAAAAUGCUUUAAGCCUGCCUUACCCUAUCUGGAUGUGGAUAUGAUGGACAUUUGUAAAGAGAAUGGGGCUUAUGAUGCAAAGCACUUUUUAUGUUACUACUACUAUGGUGGAAUGAUCUACACGGGGCUAAAGAACUUUGAAAGAGCACUCUACUUUUAUGAACAGGCCAUAACUACUCCUGCCAUGGCAGUCAGUCAUAUUAUGUUGGAAUCUUAUAAGAAGUAUAUUCUAGUUUCUUUGAUAUUACUGGGCAAAGUUCAACAGCUGCCAAAAUACACUUCUCAGAUUGUUGGUAGAUUCAUUAAGCCCCUUAGCAAUGCUUACCAUGAAUUAGCACAAGUUUAUUCAACCAAUAAUCCAUCAGAACUCCGAAAUCUGGUAAACAAACAUAGUGAAACUUUCACUAGAGAUAACAAUAUGGGGCUGGUUAAGCAGUGUUUGUCUUCUCUUUAUAAGAAGAACAUUCAAAGGCUAACAAAGACAUUUUUAACAUUGUCAUUACAAGAUAUGGCAAGUCGUGUACAGUUGUCAGGACCUCAGGAGGCAGAAAAAUAUGUCCUUCACAUGAUAGAAGACGGUGAAAUUUUUGCAAGUAUUAAUCAAAAGGAUGGUAUGGUCAGUUUCCAUGAUAAUCCUGAAAAAUAUAACAAUCCUGCUAUGCUUCAUAACAUUGAUCAGGAGAUGCUGAAGUGUAUAGAGCUUGAUGAGCGGCUCAAGGCCAUGGAUCAAGAAAUCACAGUGAAUCCUCAGUUUGUGCAAAAGAGUAUGGGCUCACAAGAAGACGAUUCAGGAAGCAAGCCAUCCAGUUAUUCUUGAAAUUAACAUUUUCUGUGCUUUAAACUGAAAGAACCACCACUUUUGCCAUUGGAAAAUAUGAGAAUGGCAGGGAGGACUGAGACUGUUUUAUCUGGACAUUAAGAAAUUAAAUUUUGUUUUGACAUCUUUAGUCCUAUAUACUUUCAAAAGUUUUCUCUCUGCAAAGAAAGGAAAAGAUCUCAAACUUUUAAAGUCUCUUGUGGAUUUAUUUAUCUUCAGAUUAACAUCAUUAAUGCAUUAAAUAAUCUACCUUUUGUUUUAAAUGGCUUGAAUGUUGCUGUGUUCCUGUAGCACUUUUUUUCCCCUUCUGGAAACAAUUUUCUUCUGUGAGAAACAGGGACACAAGAGUACUAGUUAACUAUUUGAAAGCUUUUUUGGCUCCUUAAAGUCAAUGAUAGUUUGGUUUUACAAAAAAAAAGGGGGGGGUGGAAGGGAGAUUACUUGAAGGGCAAGAGCUAUUUAAGACUUUAUGGAGUUUGUAGACUUGGACAUUGCCUAUUAGAUUUGGCAAAAUUAGUUUUUAGUUUUCAGAGGAACCAAAAUAUUUACACAGUCUGCUGGUACUGAUGUAGAAUUGAGAAUUAAAGGGAUGCUAUCAAAAGUUUUUAAGCACUUUCCAAAAUAAUGGUGCAUGCAAUACCCUUUUAUAGUCUUGAACAUAACUUUUUUUUUCCUCUGCCCAUUUUAGUCUCUUCAUUUGGUAUGCACCGGAUUUGUUUUCUGCUCUUACUCCUUGUUAGUAGCAUUUUCAAUUAAGUUGCAAUUAGCAUGAUUUUGUUUUGAUUACUCAGUGAAUCUCAUUCCCAGAGUUCUGAGAUUAACUUGGCUACCAGUUGCUCUGAGUUCACCCUACAAUGUUUUAGGGCCUAUAUAAAUUAUAACUUUUGAAUUUUGCUAUAAUGAAAAGUUUCAGAUAAAAAAAACAUCAAAAUUGCUUUGAUCUCAAACUAAAAGUAUGUUUUUUCUAACAACAUUCAGUUUUUUAAAAUGUUGACAUGCUUUCGUGUGCCUUUUUUAGUGUAAGGUGUUAGCAAAUCAGGUUUUCAUUUUUUAAAACUCAUGAGCCUCAUUGUCAUUACCCAUAUUAUAGAUUAAAUGUAGGCCAUUACUUGCAAUGAAGGAUUUUGUAAAGCGUCAGCCCUUUUUUAGUAUUUCUCAUUUCUGCUUUUGCUUCAUUGUUUUUUAACCAGGUUGUGCUUUUGUGCUCCUUUAGCUGAAGUGUCUUAAAUUUAUAGUUCUGAAAUGGACUUAAAUUACUGACUUAUUUGUGAUGGAAAUAAUGAUGCCCUGUUGUUGAAAGUCAGUUAUUGAGAAGGGACAAAAUCUAAAGUAUUUUCUUUAUGUGUUUGGAACCCCUGAACAUAAGUAAAGUUAAGCAAUUCAUAAUGAAACACUCUACAUCUCAAAGAAACUUUGCAUUAUUAUAGAGCACUGGACUGGUUUUUAGGAGAUCUGGGGUCUAGUCCAGGUUCUGACCGUAACCAGUUGUGUGGCUUUGGACAAGGCAUCGAUUUCCCCAGGGCCUCUUUUUUCUCAUCUGUAAAAUGAGGAGGUUGGAUUAAAUCUCUAAGAUCCCUUGCAACUCUGAAUUCUAUGACUUUAUAAGAUUAGCACUGUCAUAAUCCAAGACUCAGUUUUUGGAAACAAAAGUAAAGGAAAAAAAUACCUGCUCAGAUGUUAAAGAAAUAUCACUCUUAAUAGUUUCCAGUGUUUCCAUUCCUGCCUAUAGGAGGUACUUAUGCCUUGGCUCAGUAUGGUCUUUGGCUUCUUCCAGUCAUGAGAGAAAAAUAAACUAUUGAAAUAUA